AUGAGCUCACAGAAAAACUUUGGCAUUCCUUGGUCAAACAUGGAACCAGUUGACCACGGUGUCAACCUGCCCAAAGAUGUUAUGCCUAUGCUAGCGCAGGAUAUCAGCAGAUUCAUCUCUUCUAGCAAGUCCUAUGCACCUGUAUCAAGUGGUGGACUGCCAGGUGCAAGCCAGUGCUCACCUUCUGGUCCUUAUGGCAGCUCAAUUGGAAAUAUUUCAAAUCGUGUGGUGUUGAGCGCAAGCAAACAUUCCUCUGUUAAUAUUUCAGGGCGUUCAUUUGCAAAUAGCUCAAAUGACAGUCCAACAUUGACCUCGAACAUGUGCUUUUCUUCAUCUCGUUCUUGCAGCUUCUAUGCGAGUAUAUUGUGUGGCAAGAUUUUGGGAUCAAGCAGAGGUAUUCCUUUCGAAGAUGUAGCAAAUGGUGACGUGCUGGCUCCUUCUAGUCAUUUACCAUUGCAGUCUACUGAGUUGGUGAAACAGCCUUCAGUUCAGCUUCAAUCAUGUUCUGUUGUCCGAUUUAACGAGGUUGCUAGGGAAGUUCACCAAUUUGCAGGACCUAGCAACUCCUGGAAAGCUAUUGUGCCGUCAAGGUUUUCUGAUCUUGGUCAUAAUGUUGGAAAGCCUGAAAAUCCUACGCAGGGUAACAUUUUCAAGAUCAACCAGUUGUCUAGACUUGCACGCUCCCCUAGACAGAUUCCAACUUUCGGAAAUGAGUAUCAGAAGAAAAUCAUAGGAAUCAUGGGGAAAACCGUACCACUGGUAGGUUUCAGAGAGCAGUAG